AUGAUAGUUCCGGACAAUAAAGCAUUAAAGCUUCUUUUCAGAUACAAUAAAAUAGUUAUAGAUCUUAUUCAAGAAUCCACUGUUGAGGCUCCAAUGUCAGAAAAAGAAAAUCAAAACUGUACCUAUAACAAGAAAUACACUAUCGAUAUUUCGAAAUGGAGUUCUGAGUAUUUAGAUCUGACAUCUCAAGUAGAGUCAAUCAAGGCCUUAUAUCCAGCAUUUUUUGUAGAAAAUAAUGACUCUGUAAUGAAUUUAGACUUGCUUCAAGAACAAAAUGUAUUUCAUGUACUCCUCUACUCCGCAGUCAUGCUUCAAUGGUAUUCUUUGGAUCCAAAAAUCUUAUUUUCUGCUGAUAAUUUUGCUAGGGGCUAUGCUUUUAAUAAAUCUUCCAUAAAGAGAAUGAAGAGCAAUCUCAGAAUACUCUCAAACCCCAAAUGCAUUAAGUUUUUGACAGAUCAAAAUCUCAAUAAUGAAAUAAAAGCACUCGUAAGAACUUUGGCACUUUAUUUCUAUAUUAGAGCACAUGGUGGCAGCAUUACUCUCAACUUAUUUUUGUUUAUAGAUAAAAAGUACAAAUGAAAAUUGUGCAAGAUUAUUCAAAAUAAUAGAAAAUUGGAAGAUUUUUUAACUCCCCUCUUCUCCGUAAGUGAACGAAAAAAUUUUGUUCACUCACGGAGGGUGGUUAAUUUUUUUUUUAAAAAAUUUAUAUAUAAAUUUUCUAAAAAAUAUUUUUGUCGAAAUUUAAAAAAAUCCUAAUUUGCAAAAAUUGGAAAGCAAAUAUUAAUUUAAUUUAUAAAAUUUAUGUUUUAAAAAGCAUUAACAUUAACAUUAAUUAGUAUUAUGAACGGCUCGUCGUAUUGGCGCGGGUUUCCCCUGCCCUACCUCCACCCUUAACGCUUCACCCGGUUGCUCACCACCGAUCGAUCACGACCUUCAAGGCUCUGCUCCUACUGGACGAGGAUGUGCACUCGCUACCCGUAGUUGGAUGAGUUACGCCACCUUGCAGUACGUCAACAGAGGUUGCCCAUUCCGAAAAUUUGAAAAACAAAUUUUCUGGUAGGACUGUCGGCUAAGAUGGAAAUCCCAAAGCCUGGGACGUAACGCCCAGUUUCACGCUAGGGAGUUGCCCGAUUGAUCAGGAGGUACCUUCCUGAUGCUGCUGAGCUUCCCCUUUCCAACCUUGGAUACCACCUCCCCUGAGGUAAAAACCCUUAGUGUCAGAAUGAGCUGCGGUCGGCCUAAUCCGACGUUGCGCUCCACUGUGCUAAGGUAAAACCUAGCCGGAUACACAUUCCGAGCGCCUCCCUCUCUUCCACGAGGUCCCCUGUGAGCGAACGCUAACACAGGCUACAGGUGUUAAGAGGUCGGGCUGGAUUACCAUCGCCAUUUUAAUGUAUAUGUUUUAAAAAGCAAUUCGUUUAAAAUUAAACAGAAUUAGCUAGAGAUUUCGUUAUAAUAAUUAUCAUUUAUAUAUCAAUUUUUUUUUUUCCAUAAAAAAUUUUUCUAUUAAAAAAAUUUUUGUUCAUUCAAGGAGGUGGGUUUUUGGGCAAAAAAUAGCGAUUUUUCUAAUGGUUUUGCUCAUUCACGGAAGGGGGGAGUAAGAAAUCUUUAUCUUGUUAUUUAAUUUAUAUCGUUUAAAGUUCACUAUGGGGUAGCCGUUUCCAGAGCUGCCACUGUAUUUGCCUGCGUGUCAGACUCAUAGACCUCUGGAUUGAUCCAUUUUGCUGCGCCAGGGCAGAGGUCAAAUACAGCAUACAGCUUCGAAGGGCUGCGUUGCCUUGCUCCUUUGACUCAGCUCCUGCGCAUGUUCCGCCUGAGGGUCAUCCUCAUCGGGUACGCUGAGACGUAAAACUUCGAGCCUUUUGAAGUGCUUGGAGCAGUGCCUCAGCUUAUGUGUCAGAGUUAAACCGCUGUUGCUGUAUAGAAGUUCUCAGAAGAAAACUUAACCCUAUAAAUUAAAUUCCAUGAGGGAGAGAAAAUUAGCAAAGCUAAUUUCGCUCGAACCGAAUGUCAUUUUACUUAUUAAGAAAUCUUUAUCACACGAGUGUCUGCAAGGAGGUGUAUAAAAGAAUAAUACCUGCUGAAAAUGAAAGUGUUUAUGGAUACAAGCUUGCAGAACUCUUUGAUUAUGUGAUAGAGAAUUCAUAUUAUGCUCACCUUCCAAGAGGUUUGUAUGGGCUAAUAGCAAUUGAUCAUAAAAUAUUCAUAUCAAGCGAAUACAUGGAGGAAAAAGAAGAAGAUAAAGAGGAUGAAGAGGAUGAAGAAGAAAAAGAAGAAAAAGAAGAUGAGUUUGAAUUUGGACCUACACUGAUAAUACUUUUGCACGAAAUAGCGAACCUUUCUUCUAGAUUUUGGGAACUGCAAAAUUCUUACUUUAGAAUAACACCUAGAGAGUACAAAAACCCAUCAGAUCCUGGAAGAUCAUAUAUAGAGAUAGGAGACUAUCUCGAAUCGCUGCUCUUUGGUGACAAGCUGCAAGGUCUUUAUAGUGGAGGGGUAGAAGUUUUAUUGAACAUUGAUAACUGAAACUUGCCAAUAGAUGAGUUUCGAUCUUACUUCCAUAUUAUGCAAGAAGAUUGCAGAGCAAAUAGAAACCCAGUAUGCACUCUUACAAGAGGUAAUGGAAUAGCAAAUUGUGUUAAAUUCGGCAGAUGUGGGAUGUCUUAUUGAACUUCACGUUCAUAA